AGGAGGUCGUGUGACGAGAAAGUGAAAGAGAUGGUAACUUUUGAAGUAGAAGUUUAACUGGCAGACCUAACGCGUUUUGCUAACGGGAAUGCCUUCUUCCUUUUCAACGAGUUGUAGAGAAAAUAUGUCUGACACAACCGAUCGAGAUUCUGCAUCAUCUCGUCUUUUGCUUCGUGACUUGUCACAUGACGAGGUCUUCAAGGCUGGCGAGAGUUGCCUUUUCACGGUGGCUGAUGGCGUCGCGCACCUCCAGUUGGCUAGACCCAAGCGACUGAACGCCUUGAAUCAGAAAACAGUCCUCGCCAUAUGGAAGGCACUCGACGAGACAACACGUUUAUCCUCUCCGGAGGACGCGACAAGAACGAAUGUCCUUGGACAAGAUGAUACACAAAUUAAGGGUAGGUUAAAGGUGCUUUUCUUACCGCUUUUUAUGCCUCUCUCCCUUAGGAUGGGAAAGGCAUAACAAGCGGGGUAAGCGAGCACCAAAAGCCUACCUCUAAACAAAGUAGUCCUAGUGCUGUCCGUGUAUUCGUCCUCUCUGCGCAGGGGAAAUAUUUCUGUUCUGGUGCGGAUGCUCAGGAGCUAAUGGCUUCUGCUUCAUCGGGAAGUACUGAUGAGACCAUAGCAAAGGCGGCGCUUCCUGAAGACGUAGGCUCAAUGGCACAAUUGUGGGAGAAGCUUAGCUCGUUGCCGGUGCCAACUAUUGUUAAGGUUAUAAUAAUAAUCUAGAGAUACGACUAAGACUUCACUCAGGAGAAGACUCAAUAAUGAACAAGUCAUUCCAUAUCCAUUCCGCUCAACUCAGGGUCAACAUCACAUCAAUCGCGAAGCCGAGCCGUAAUUAUCUUCAGUGAGAAACGACGGGCUUCAGCAGCUAUACGUGCUUGAAGUGCAGCACUGAAGGUGGGUGGUGCUUCGGUUAUAAACAUUCGCCAUAGACACUCACGACUACGUCGACCACGUACAACUCUAAUUCCCCAAUCGCUCAAGGAAGCGCCUUUGGCGGCGGCGUCGGACUACUCAGUUGUUGCGAUAUCGUCAUAGCUUCUGCGGGUGCCUCAUUUGCCUUAUCCGAAGUUCGAAUAGGGAUGACUCCCGCUACAAUCGCGCCGCAUGUCAUUUCCAAAAUGGGCAAUGCGAAUGCUCGCAGAUACUUCCUCACUGGCGAACCUAUGACAGCGGAAAAUGCAAAGCAGAUCGGGUUAUUAAGGCUUGUUACCUUGAUCAUUCUGAUUCACGACCUUGCUUGUUCACAGAGAAGUACUAUAAAAAUUUACUUCUUGUCUACUCGUACUCAGGGUCAGGAGGGUCCUUCUUGAGAGCUGAGACUAUGAACGUGGAAGGUGAAUCGUUGUGAGCUCUAAGUUCAGUUACUGAAGUGGCACCGAAGGCAGAACUUCAGCAAAAGCUAGAUCACUUUCUCAAAGAGCUCACCAAAUGCGCACCCAAAGCAACGCAGGCAUCAAAGCGGCUACUUCUGGGAGUGCAGGCCUUACAAGGAAACGAUGCGAAUCAAUUGGUGAGGAAAUUCACACAAGAUGAGUUGGAUAAAAUCCGAAAGUCGCCAGAGGUAAUGCAAGGAGCCAUGGCCAUGCUGUCUAAAUCAAAAAAACCGUGGGAGGAACAAGGGCUUUUGAAAGCGAAACUUUAG